CGUUUCACCACAGUUGUGAUGAAUUGUGAAUCUGUUUUUCUUUGGGUUUCAGUACAGCAAGAACAGUUUCAUUUUUUCUGGAGAAGUAGUGAGAAGUAACUCAAGAAAAUGACUCUGAUGAUUUUUUUUUUCGUGUUAAUCAUUGAAUCUGCCACUGAGAAGUUGUGUCCUCUUCGUGCCUCCAUUGACGUGCUAGAAGGGGAAUAUUUUUUCCUUUGUUAUCUUGAGUCAGUGCAAGAACAUUUUCAGGAAGAAGCAUACACAAUAAACUGGUACAAAGAAAAUGCUGGGAAGCAGCAACUGAUAAAGGCAACGCAUAGAAUUGUUUCCCAAAUGAAUUUUCUGGAGUUUUGGCCAGCUGAACUCAGUGACUCUGGGAAUUACUCUGUCACUCACAGCAAUGGAAAACAAAAUUUCACAAUUCAAAAGUGGACCUUGAAUGUACUUGAAAGAAAUAAAAGCAGCUGUUUCAACAAAAAUCAUUUAACUACAGAAAUUAAAACUGCUGGAACUGGUCAUUCACUGAAAUGCAGUGAUUUGUCUGUCAACGAAAAUGACAGCAUAACAUGGUACAAGGACUGUAAGAAAUAUGAAAAUGAAACAGAGCGGGAACUGGAUUUUAAAACCUUAACAGUACAGCACUCUGGGAUAUAUACCUGUAAAAUUUUAAUCAGUCAUGAAGGAAAGAUAUACCAGAGCACAAAUACAAUUAAUCUGGUAGUAGAAGAAGAUGCACCAGAGGCUGUAACUUUGGAGAUAGUUGGACGCAAUGAAGAAAUUGAAACAGAAAUAGGUAAAGAAGCGAUACUCAAUUGCACAGGUUUCUUGGGUUAUUAUAUGCGAGAAGAUGCCAGCAUCUACUGGUUAAUUAAUCAAAUGUUUCCAGAAAAAUGCUCAGGUAUCCCCGAGAAUGAACCUUCAAUCUGUGAAGAAGAGUUCAAAAAAUUACAGAUGGGAAACAAGUUCUAUGUCACAAGGCUACUACGGAUUAAAAAAGUAACGGACAAGGACAUGCAGCAUAAUUUCACCUGCAUGUUGCAAGCUGAUGAAAGAACUCAAAUAAAAAUAGUGAAAUUGAAGAAAGGGAAUGCCCGAGAUCUGCCUGUGCACAUAUUUACAACUGGAAUGGUCCUUGCCAUACUCUUUCCAUGUGUUGCUGUAGCUGUGGUGUUUGUCUGUGUGAUGUUUAAAGUCGACUUAGUUCUAUUUUACAGGAAUGUAUGUAGAAGAGACGACACUGCUGGAGAUGGAAAAGAAUAUGAUGCUUUUGUGUCUUACCUGAAAGACUGCAUUUCUCAUACUGAAGAAGAGAGAGAAUUUGCCUUGAAGAUAUUACCCAUGAUAUUAGAAGAAAACUUUGGGUACAAGUUAUGUAUAUUUGAGAGGGAUGUAUCCCCUGGAGGAGCGGUUGUUGAUGAUAUCCAUUCAUUCAUUGACAAAAGUCGAAGAUUAAUCAUUAUACUGAGCCAGAACUACAUUUCUGACAGAGCCAUAUAUGAACUUGAGAGUGGACUGCAUAAAGCCCUAGUUGAAAGGAAAACUAAGAUCAUAUUAAUUGAAUAUAUGCCUAUAAGUGACUACAAUUUCUUGCCAGAAUCACUGUCUCUUUUACCAUCAAAGAGGGUUGUGAAAUGGAAAAAGGAUAAAUCUCUUCCUAUGAAUUCCAGAUUUUGGAAGAACCUUCGGUACCUGAUGCCAGCCAAACCUACCAAGAUAAACACCGAAGGGCACUAUAAUAAUCUUAACCUAGGCUCAGAAGGUGCUCAACCACAGACUGAGGGCUGUGACUUUAAUGCAGUCGUGUAACAAUUCUGGAGACAGAAGAUGCUGCAGAAAACUGCGCAUUUUGCUAACUAAUAGAAAACACAAACUGCACACUUACUUUGGGAAGAUAGUCUUCAUAAAAGGCCAAGUCUGAGAUCUGAGAAGAAUAUACAAACUGUAGCAGUGGCUAGGACGAUGUUGACCCCAAUGCUAAAUGCUAUCCCAGAGAGAGCUUCCUCAGUGAUCUGGACAAGGAGCAGAAAUUUGAUGCCGCUUUGGGCAUAACACAUGGCAUGAAGCACAGUGCAAAACAUUUUGAUUUCACAUUUUCCAGUAAAGUAGAAUGAUCACAUUUUCCAAUAAAGUAGAAUGAUAUUAGUUAUACUUGCAUACUUUCUGAGGCCCCUCAAUAAAUAUAUCAGUAUUUGCAAAGUAUUAGUAUUUAGAUGCUCUUGGUUUUGUAUUGUGAUAUUUCCUAAGGAUCCUGCUUGGGAGUAGACCCAAAUGGCUCCUGCCCUAGAGAGCUUGGCAUGCAGGCUCUGGGCAACGUUGAUCAGAAAAAUCAAGUGAAAAUAGAAAAAAGGGAGCGUAGAAAAAAUAAGGAAGAUUUGGUUGGGCUAACAGUAUUCACUACUGACGUGUACAUGGUCUAGACAAGCCAAGUGGGAGUGAUUUGGAGGAAUAUAAAGACUGUUUCUGUCCUCUUUCACUGAGAGUACUGUAAAUGCUCGUUUUGGUGGGGGGAAGAGGAGGAUGGGAUAGAGAUACUAGUAAUUUGUUUGUAGACACUGAUAUAUCUACAUUAUACCUUGAACUGCCUUCAGCUGAGGGAUGUAGGGGAUUUAUGUGAAAAUGAGAUCUUCGGUAUGUACAUAUACUCCUAACCCUUUAGAACAUUUGUACUUAGUAUUAUUUUUUUAAACAGACUUAGUAAUACCAUUCAAAACCGUGGUAAUCCUCCCUUAUUAUUAGCUGCUUGGCAGAGGAUUCCUGACUGACAUAAAUUUCUGGAUAAAAUAGAACUGUAUUUCCUCCUAGUACUAAUGGGGAGAAAUCAAUGGAGAAUCAUUUUGGAAGAUCUUCUCCAGUUUGUUAGGACACCAUCAAGGCUCAGGCCACUCUCAUUGUUGUCAUGCAUUCAACUAAUGCUAGCUCUGGAGACAACUCUUUGACACUGACACUUAAUUCAUGCAGCUAUAGUGGAGGAGCUCCGUUACCUUCUCAGUGUACUUGAGAACACAACUGGAGUGCUAGGUGACAUGGCAAUGUCUCAAGAUUCAUGAGAAUGAAAUACCUUGUUUGUCAAAUACCUUGUAAUCAAGCUCAGUUUCUGACAGAUGUUCAGGUAAAAGUAAAGGCUAAAUGUGGAUUUACAAAAUGGAGACAACAGUUGCCAGGUUAACAUGCAGAUGAAAAGGAACAAAGGAAUAAGGCAUACAUCUGUGGUGUCCUUCAGAUCAGCUCCAAGAGGUCUCCCUCUUUCUGUUAGGCAACUAAAGAGCUAUUGAAAUGUGAUCUUUAGGCGAAAGCCAUUCCCUGGCUUAAGCUUUUACUGAAGAAGAUUUCUGCUCUGUAGAUAUGUGUGUCUUUAUAUAUCCAAGUCUUUCUCUCUACCAGUUCUUCUCUACCAAUGUCCCCUGUGAUUUGUAAUCACAGAUCAGUUCUAACAUUCUCCUGCAGGACUAAUGAUUGCCCCUACUUCAGAAAUGCCAUCAGACAUACUGGGCACAGCCAAACAGCUGACAGAAAAGUUAGUGACUUCACUGAUAUGUAACUGAGGUGUUAAACUUGCUCCUCAGCCACAUAAUUUUUCAUAUGCUGUGGUCAAUGUAUUGCCUAACAACAUAAAGUGUCAAAUGGGUUAAACAACACAUGUGCAUAUGGAUAGCGCACAUGGCUUAAGAGCUCUGGACUGAGCCUACACUCUGUAAGAAUCAGCUACUACAAAUUGAGACUGAAUUUGCCAUGAAUGCCCCCUGCCCUCAGCUUGGAGAGAUUAUGUGACUGCAUAUACCUGCUAUACCUCGUGAAGCUGUACCCUGAAGACUGUGAGACCGUACAGAGUUUGACCGCACUGAGGUUUUACAGAAUACCAGAGGACUAUACACCAGGAAAGUUGAAAGCUAAAUGGCAUUAUCUCCAAAGUUUUUUGAAUGCCAGCAAAGCAGGCACUCAGAUGUAGUACAAUGAGCUACUCUAUAUCUGUAAAAGGGCAAGUAUUUUUGCACAGGACGGUGUCGUGACGCAGUCAUUAAAUCUCUAUAGCUGAUCGUCACUGCCCAUGCUGUGGUAAAGGGAGACAAGGGAAAUUAAGGAUAUGCAUCUUCAUGUUAACACCAGAUGUUGUUCUUACUGCUCUUAUAUCCUGAAUUACUGACUUCAGUCAGGGCUUGGAAAUGUCUGCUUUCUGUUUACCGGUCCCUAAAGAAAAGGAGCUGCUAAUAUGACUUUUAUAGACUGUAGUUGGGUUGAUUUGCCUGAUCAUGUAUAUGUCAAUUUAUAAGUGAAUUCAUGUGAUAGUUGGUUUGAGGUAAUGGGUCAUUUCAGUCAUUUAUAUUGCAUUUUUUUGUUCCACUUUUGCACUUAAUAAAACUUUAUUUGCACCUC